UUUUUUUUUUUUUUACGUAUCAUGGAUGUGUAUGGUUAUAGGAAGCAAACUUAUAAAGCUGGUCUUGCCAAUCAAAGUCAUAGUCGAUCUUCCUUUGAACAACGUUUUCUACCUACACAAAUUUCAUUACCAUUCCACUCAAUCGAAUCACCAGUGCAACAUGUUUCCAACUUUGAUAAUAACCUUGUUUAUCCACCAACUGCACUAGCACCAAGACCUUUACACCAACAACAGAAAAUAGUUUAUGGUCAGCGACAAAGGUCUAUACGAGGUACUCAUACCAGAACACCAUCAUUUCGCCAAAACAAUCUCAGAAACAACAAUAUCUCAACGACGGGAACAACCACAAAUAACAAUAAUAUAGACUCUCCUUAUUACUCCAAAGUGAUUGAACCCAGUACACCAGACCGAUCCUCAACAAGUAGCAGUCUUGUUGGACCCACUACAAUGGUUCAGCCCCAUGACGUUAUUGAUUCUAUCCACUCCUCUACCACCACUGCUAUUAAUACCGGUUUCAAACCAUGGUCAACUAAGCUAAAACCUUCCCCAGAAUCUCUAUCGACAAAAUCAUCAACAACAACAUCCACUCUACUAUUAUCAACGACGAUCCAUUUGAUUAAAACCUUUGAACGCCGUGACCCAAAAUUCACCUAUCAUCAACAUCGCAAUCCCAAACGCAUUUUGACGAAACCUAGUAAACCUGCAAAAAACGAUGGUUACGAUAAUGAGGAUCAUGAUUAUAUUCUACAUGUGAAUGAUAUACUUGGUGAAGAUAAGAAUCAUAGUUAUCGUGUUAUAGAUCUUCUUGGACAAGGUACCUUUGGGCAAGUGGUGAAAUGUGAACAUUUGGAGACUGGUAAACUUUGUUCAGUAAAAGUUAUCAAAAAUAGACCUGCGUUUAGAACACAAAGUUGUAUGGAAGUGGAAAUUCUCAAACAGUUGAAUCAAAAAAUGGAUGACAAGAAUCAACAUCAUAUACUUAGAUUGGAAGAUACAUUCAAUCACAAGAAUCAUUUAUGCCUCGUAUUUGAACUUUUAUCUUUCAACCUGUAUGAACUCAUCAAACAAAAUGGUUUCAAAGGACUUUCUAUUCAAUUGGUACGGAAUAUUACAACGCAAUUAUUGGAAACAUUGGUAUUUCUUGGAGAUGUGAUGAUCAUUCACUGUGAUCUCAAGCCUGAAAACAUUCUAUUGGAAAGUGUUGAUUCUCCAAAAAUCAAGGUGAUUGAUUUCGGUUCAGCAUGCCACAAGGCCAAUCCUGGUUAUACCUACAUUCAAUCCCGUUUCUACAGAUCUCCAGAAGUUUUACUCAAAUGUCGUUAUAAUCAUGCAAUCGAUAUGUGGUCAUUAGGGUGUAUUGUGGCAGAACUUUUUUUAGGUAUACCUUUAUUCCCUGGAAUAAAUGAAUAUGAUCAACUGAAUCGUAUUAUGGACAUGCUUGGGCAACCUGCUGCUGAUGAUCUUGAUCGUGGUGGUAAUACAUUACUUUACUUUGACCGUGAAUCUAUUGGACACAACAAAUAUCAGUACAAACGCAAGUCAAGAGAAAAAUACAACGAAGAUAACAACAAAAAAGAACAACCAAACAGACGAUAUUUCCAGUAUAAUUCCUUACAAGACAUUAUUAUGCACGCAAAUACAUCUUCCAAAUCAUUGACACCCGGAAGUCAAGCAUUCCAGCUAGAAAAGCAAAUGCGACAGUGGUUGAUAGAUUUCUUGUUACGUACUCUCAAUCUCAGUCCAUUACGAAGGUGGAGUCCUAGAGAAGCUUUACAACAUCCUUUCAUUACUGGCAAAUCUACAUCACCACUUCAUCCUCUGAUUGCAAUGAAUCCAUCGACAACAAUAUCCAGUCCGCAAACAUCAAACAUGGUUGAUCAUAGUAUCAAAAAUAAUGAGAAGGUUCAUCCAAGCAAAUUUGAUGACAAUAAAGCAAAUCAAUACCAGCCCGUAAAUGAUGAGAAGGAAACAAACUUGCACCAACAACAUCAUCAGCACUUGCAACAAAGUAAGGACAAGUAUCAUCAGCAACAGUAUCAUCAUCAACAGUUACUACAGCAGCAGCAUCUUCAACAGCAACAACAACAACAACAGCAACAGCAAGAACAUAAAAAGCAAAGUCAGCAUGUGAAGGAAGAAAAGACUCUCAACCGCACGUGUCAACAACGAGUAGAAUCUUUCGAGACAUCUCCAUUACUUGAUUUCGCCAAAGAUCAACCACAACGUCAAUCUCGUCAUCAUCGAUCACAUUCACUUUAUUCAUCAAGAAUGUCUCAACCAUUGAAAUCAAUACUGAAAGAAAAUCAAAACAAUGAUCCAUCGUCUUUAUCGCUAGAGGUUCAAAGUCUACUACCGAAACCAUUGCAGAACGCCGCGAACGACGAAGACGACAUGCGAAAUCAGUUGGAAACGAUAUCGGUCUAGUUAUACCUAGAGCAUCUGGAUCCACUAUACAGUACAAUAACGAUAACAGCGUCACCAAUACGUUUGCUCUUGCUGGAAGUAGAAAGUACGAUCAACAAGAACAACAUCAGCUUCAGAAAGUACCAAACCCAACCGUAUCUUUUGCUAUCGGUCCAUCAAAAUUUACCAAAUCCACCGCCACUUCCACUGCUGUUCCCUCUGGAUCGUUUAUUACUUCAUUUCCU